ACUUUUCGCGCAUGCGUGGUGCCGGUGGCGUUACAGGGGGCACGAUGGCUGCGGACAGUGCUUUGCUACUGUCUCUGGUGGAGGAAUUUGUCUCCGGACUACAGGACAGCAAGGCCAAGGAUGCAGCAAAAGGUGUGAAAGAUGGACAGUUUACAGUACUGCAGCUGGUGGAAGCACUUGGACUCAGUCUGACCAGCUCUCAGGCUCCCACUCGAGCCCGAGGAGUCCAGCUUCUCUCUGAAGUUCUAAAGGAGUGCUAUGGAGAGCUCACAGAGAGAGAAGUCGAAGUUCUUAUUGCCUUCUAUGAAAACCGUCUUAAGGACCAUUAUGUCAUCACACCACCUGUGUUACAGGGACUCAGAGCACUGACUAGAUGUACAACGUUACCUCCCGGCUCAGCUGUGUCCAUGCUGAGGUCUUUGUUCCAGGACGUUCAUGUACAGUCUUUGAUGCUUGCAGAAAGAGCUUGUGUCUACAGCAUGCUCAUCAACCUCAUGGACACCAGAGAGGAUGAACUGAAAGGUUUGGGGUCUGACUUUGUAUUUGGUUUUGUCCAAUCCAUGGACGGGGAGAGAGAUCCUCGCAACCUCCUGUUAGCCUUCCAGAUCGCCAAAAACAUCAUCCACAGAGGAUACGAUCUAGGUAAAUUCACAGAGGAGCUGUUCGAAGUGACGUCCUGCUAUUUCCCCAUCGACUUCACCCCUCCUCCUAACGACCCCCACGGCAUCACCAAGGAAGAGCUAAUUCAGGAGCUGAGGGGCGUCCUCACCGGGACUCCAAAAUUUGCUGAGUUCCUGUUGCCUCUCAUCAUCGAGAAGCUGGACUCAGACGUUCCGAGUGCGAAGCUGGACUCACUGCAGACUCUGACUGCUUGUGUGUCACAGUACGAACACAAGGACUUGGCCGAAUUCCUCGAGGGACUCUGGGCGUCACUGCGCCGAGAGGUGUUUCAAACAUCCAGCGAGAACGUUGAGUCUGCAGGCCUCGCUGCUCUCACCGCACUCACUUCCUGCCUGUCUCGCUCAGUCCUCAACUCUGACUCAGAAGACUCUCUCAGCUCCUUCCUGGAUCUCAUUCUCAAAGACUGCAAGCAUCACCUGUGUGAGCCGGACUUAAAGCUUGUAUGGCCCAGUGCCAAGCUGCUCCAGGCCACCUGCUGUGCCUCCAACAGGGCGAGUCACAUCGUCACAACAGCCGUCAUGCCCUCUCUCAUCGACCAGUACAACAGCAGAACGCAGUGCUCCCAGAGACGGACAUUGCUGGAGGUGGUGCAGCGGUUCAUCCAGUCAGUGAAAAGCAGCCAGUCUUCAGACAACGAUGAGAGCGUGCUGUCAGCCUUUAGGGAGGCUCUGUGUAGCAUCGUGUUUUCAGCUCUCUCUGAGAGUGACUCCAGUCUGCAGAUCACUGCCACCUCUGUGCUCACCUCACUGACACAGCUAACAGGUCUGCUGUUAGACUCUGAUAUUGAAUUAGCUAUAGAUCACCUGACAAGACUGUUGCUGACUGAGGAGGAUGGCAGAGUCAGUGCUGCAGUGGUGGAGUGUGCUGGAGCCUUGGCAGAGCUACACCCUGCAGCUUUCAUCGCGAAACUGAUCCCAAGACUAAAGAACGAGGUGUUUUCUGAGCCCAUGGCUCAAGACCACACAGAACCCUCUAAGCAACAUUCCCAUCAUGCAAUGCGUCAGCGGUGUUUGUCUGCUCUGGCUGCAGUAUCCAAACAACCCAGUGUUGUCCAGGACAGCACACCUGUCCUCCUGGAGGUCCUCAGUUCAGCACACACAGGUAGCGCAAGUUUUUCGGUGGAUGAAGUGGUGUUAGCGUGUCACAGUCUUCAGAGGAUAGCAGAGCAGGUUGAGGACAGUGAGGAGACGGGACGUUGCUUCCAUGAUGUCAUCAUUCCUCGCCUGCUGUCUCUGGCGCUGCAGGCAGCACUGCAGGGUGAAGGGUCUCCUGGUGUUCGUAGUCCUCUGGUGGAGGAGGCAGUUCUGUCUGCUAUGGUUCCUGUCAUCAGUACUUCUUGUUCCAGGCUGCAGCCCACGAUGGCAGCACAGACGGCAUCGAGGGCUGCGUCUCUCUUCCUGGAUGGUGAUGUUUCCUUUUUGCCCGACAACUCCUUCCCUUCACACAUUCAGCUGCUAAAGAAGCAGCAGGGAGACUCCUGGAGCCAGUCUCAACUGGUUUGUCUCCUCAUGGGUUGUGUUUGUUCGUUACCUCGCAGUGUGGAGGUUCCUCAGAUCGACCAGCUGCUGUCAGAGCUGGAGGAGAUGAGCUGCACCUGCAGCCAUCAGCUGUCAUACACGUCUGCUGCAAAGUGCUUUGCUGGUCUGGUCAACAAGAGGCCGCCGGGUGAUUCUCUUGACAGCCUGAUACAGAGGACAAUGAAGAGAGUCUGCAGUGAGUUGGACUCAACAUCCUCCUCUGUUCGCAUUCAGGCCUUCACACUUAUGAUCUGGGUUGCCAAGGCUCUGCUUCUACGAUAUCACCCUCUGUUCAAAACACUGACUGACAAGCUCUUCUCUCUGCUCGAUGAUACUGACCUGGGUCCGAUGGCAGCAGACAGCUUCUCUCUGCUGAUGAGCGACUUCACUGAUGUCCUGAACCGUAGUUGCCAUGCCGAUGUGCGCAUCAUGUACCGCCAGCGCUUCUUCAGUGAGAAUUCAGCCAAGUUGGUUCAGGGCUUCAACGCUGCAACACAAGAGAAGAAGUCGAACUAUUUGAAGGCUCUGUCCAAUAUCGUUAAUAAGCUGCCCAAGCAGGUUCAAGUCACUGAACUACCAGCGCUGCUCUCUCUGCUGCUGGAGGCCUUGACGUGUCCUGAUCAGGGCGUCCAGCUGUCCACUCUGUCCUGUCUGGAGCCCGUCCUCAUCAACCCACCAUCAGCUCUCAUUCAGCAGCUGGAGGCUUUAGUCAACAGGCUGCUGGCCCUCCUCUGCAGUCCAGCCAUGAACGUACGGAUUGCGUCAUUGCGGUGCAUCCACGCCCUUUCCCACUUCCCUGUGCAUGAGGUUCUACCAUUUCGGGCUCGGGUUCUGCGAGCGUUGGCGAAACCUCUCGAUGACAAGAAGAGGCUGGUGAGGGGCAAAGCUGUCCAGGCAAGAGGAGAGUGGUUCCUCCUUGGAAGUCCUGGUGGAAGAUGAUUUUGUACCUCAAAUGUCACCAAAAUCAAGUGCAGGACCAGAAACCAAGUAUUAAAGCUGUGCAACUCACUCAGCAGCUCUCCUCCUCAAGAUUAACUCUCCAGUAUCCUCCACCCCCGAACCUUCCAGCUUCCCUCAACCCUUCUACUCCUCCAUCCUUUCGACCAGGAUUACUCCCGUCUCAUACGUUACACUGAUACGUUUUUGUUUUGACUGUCUGUAUUUACAUGGACGCACAAGGGAGAGGAUAUGAAGCAGAGCGUAUUUAGUCUAAGUUAAAGGAUGAAAUUAGUUGUUUGUUAUUGUACAGUACGCUUCAUGUUUGUCAUCCUUCUCUCUACAUAUCAGAGCGAAUGUGUCAUGAAACUGAAUUCUUUGUUAGAUGUUAAGCACUGAACUUGCAAAACUUGAAAAAUAUGAUUUAAAGUGCAUUUAAAAUCACAAGUGAGGUUACAGUGAAAAGAGCCACAGUAGUCGCAAUAACACCACCACAGGAGUGAGUGGAAUCAGGGAAAUGAAGGACAACAACAUUGAAUUAUUCAGCUGAUCUUCUUUCAACUAACAAAAUAAUGAAAUACCACACCAAGAUUUUUCUUUCUUCAUACAUUCAAACAUGUUCUGAAAUAGUGAGAUUAAGAACAUGUGCACCACAAUAAGAUACUGUCAGAUGAAGACACGCUGCUCCUGUAUGAAGAGAGAAGGUAGACUGCGAGCUACCUGUGGAAAAGCGAACGUUUUGAGAUCUCGGACUGCUGGAAAAGAUCCGACGUGUAGCAGAAUGAGGGCAGCAGUGAACCCAGCAGAGCCUUUUAUCUCCUCAUCUGAUGAAUGUGUAAAUGAGCUGCGUCGUCUCAACAGCAGCUGCUUGGUUUGAUUCGUGUCUCUUGGGAGAUUGUGGAUGUGCCAACUGUCCUCGCAUAGAGAGUACUUCUGACAUGAGUGAAAUUUUAGGAUACGUUUUACAUAAUUAAAUAACCGUUUUGGUAAAUGUACUUUAAGAUUGUAAGUUAUGUGAACAGUCUGUCAAACGUCCGCCUUGUUUUUCAACAAAUAUUGACGCUGUGUCGUUGUUAAUGUUUAGUCAUUUCAGAAAGGUUGGCUGACUUUGGACCUCACAUUAAUUAUGCCAAGGAAAUAAGACGAUAUAUAAUAUGUCUUAACUUAAGAUGUCAUUAAAAGUUCUCUUUUUAAUUUA